GCAUAAAUCUAUCGGUCAGCUGUCAUCUCUAUUUCGCGAACCAACUGCGAACUCUACUUUUCUGGAAUUAUUAUUGAAAUAAACCAAAUUGCAAAAUGUUGGGCCGCAGCAGUGUGAUUGCACGCAACUUCUCCCAGUCGAUGGUUCGCUUCAGCGGACACGGCGGAGUUCCCGGCGAGAACCUGCCUUUUGGACUGACCAACAAGUACAGGAUCACCGCCCUGUUCACCAUCGGCUGUGUUUUGGGCUUCGGAUCGCCCUUCCUGAUCGUCAGACACCAGCUGCUCAAGAAGUAAGGUGCUCCCCAGGCGACAGCAACAACAAAUGUAAGAUGUAGCGUUAUCUGCUGAGGCAGCCGGUAGGCAAUUUCAGUGUGUUACAGCUUAAAUUUAAGUGAGAAGUGGAAACGAAAUAAAGUUACCCCUAACCGUA